AUGAAUACCGAAACCCAAAAGAAACUGAUAUUAUUUGCGCUGAGAAAUGGCAGCGAAAACAUCUCUUCGUGUCUACUAUUGGCCCAACACUUGAAAGACAAUGGCUAUCAGAUUGUCGUAUCUGUGGACAAGACAUGCAAACAAUACGCAGACAACUCUGGUCUACAGCUGGAAGUAAUGGACGCUCAGCACCCGGUCAUCAAUCCAAAACUCAUUGACUUAAACAGUUUAAACGCCGAUCCGAUCGACAAAAUCAAGAAUAUUUGCCGCAAAAACAUUGUCGAUAAGUUUGCUUUCGUCAAACAGUGCGAAGAGUUUAACGAAAAACUGGUCGCUCUGCACCGACCGGAUCUGAUUAUCGUCGAGUCGACGAUAGGUUCACCGGCGCUGACCAACACAGACACGCCGUGGGUUUGGCUCAACUUUGGUCCACCAAAUCUGUGCCGAAACGACGCCCGUAUACCUCCCGGAUGGUCAGGUUUGUCUAAAAGCCGGCCAAACGAUUGGCCGGAAUUCAUCCGCAAAAGGGAUCAGCUAUUGGGUGACGUGAAGUACGAGAUGAACUUGUGGUGCGAGUCGUUGGGGGCGCCAGAGUUGCCGCACCACACUUUCCACCCGCACUCUCCGCACCUAAACAUUUACGUCUAUCCGACAGAACUGGACUACCAGUCACUGCGGGACACGUGGGAGACCAAGACAUGGAUGCAAAUCAAUUGUCUCGUUGAGAGCCGGCCGCUGAAGAAGUUCACGAUUCCGGACAAAUUGCGUUCAUUGCCCGGAAAGUUGGUCUACAUAUCGAUGGGAGAGUACGCGAGUCUUGAGCUCAUGCGACGAAUGACCAGUUUGUUGGCCGAAUCGCAGCACCGGUUCAUCGUAUCGAAGGGUGUGUUUCACAGUCAGUAUGAAUUGCCGGCCAAUAUGUGGGGCAAAGAGGACGUACCCCUCGACGACGUCAUUAUGAGCGUCGAUUUGAUCCUCACCUGCGGUGACACCAAAACCAUAGCCGAGGCCUUCUUCUACGGGAAACCGGUAAUCGUUUUGCCGAUUAUUGGCGAACAGUUGGACAACAGGAACCGCUUUAAAGAGUUGGGCUUCGGCUGGGGUUUGGAUCCGUUUGACUGCAAUAAAGCGACGCUUCUCUGUAUGAUUAACCACACUUUAGCCGAUGUUUCUAUCCCACGCCGUUUGGCACUUAUAUCCAAUGUUUUGCAAACAUCCGAGUCUUGUAAACAGAUAUCUGAUAGAAUCGGAAGAAUAUUGAAUUUGAUCCCCGAAGAAGUGGUUGAGGAGGUAAAGGAGGCGCCGUUAGUACGACUCUGGGAGGAACCCAAACCCAUAUACAGUGAACCCAAACCCAUAUACAGUGAACCCAAACCCAUAUACACUUUCAUUGGCGGCACUGAGGCUUAA